CAUUUUCCACGCGCUUCCGUCCCUCCCAAGCCCCUUUUAUUCCCCACCACUGACAUCGCUCCCCUCCAAAUCCCAACCAUGGCCAACGCCGAGGAAGCCAGCCCCCUCCUCCAGCAUCGCCCCGAGGCCGCCCCCACGCUCGAAGAGGGGGCUCCCCCGGCGGCGCCGCCGGCCGCCGCCAAGAUGCCCCCCGAAUGCGCGGCGAACGGGAUCCCUGUGGGGCACGGGAACGUCGUCGGCGAGCCGGUGGCCCGCAACCAGUGGAGCUCCGGCCUUUUCUCCUGCCUCGGCCUCAACGACGAGUUCUGGAGCAGCGAUGUCGAAGUUUGUCUAAUUGGAAGCAUUGCUCCGUGUGUGCUGUAUGGAGGCAAUGUCGAGAGGCUUGGAUCAGGGCGUGGUUGGUUUGCAAAUAGCUGCUUCCCUUACACCACUCUCUUUAUGCUCGGGAAUUCUCUCUUUGGCUGGAACUGCCUGGCACCGUGGUUCUCUUAUCAUACCCGUACAGCCAUUCGCCGCAAAUUUAAUCUUGAAGGUAGCUUUGAGGCAUUCGCCAAAUCAUGUGGAUGCUGCCGUGGUAUCUUGGAGGAUGAAGAGCAUCGGGAGCAGAUGGAGACGGCCUGCGAUUUUGCAACGCAUUACUGCUGCCACCCAUGCUCCCUCUGCCAGGAAGGCCGCGAGCUGCGCCGCAGGCUGCCUCACCCUGGGUUCAUUGGGAAACCUAUCUUGGUUAUGAUGCCUCCCAUUGAACAGACUAUGGGUCGUGGUGCCUGAAGAUCUCUAUAUUUCGAGGUUGGCGAACAGAGUUGCAGGCAUUCUGAACUAGGUUACUUGGUAGAUAUCAAUCUGUGGUGCACUGAGUCAUGGUAUCAACUCAGGUUGCUGGUUGUAGACCUCGUAAUGUGUCUGUCAGUGGAUAUAAAGUGCCGUGCUUGUAUGUGUUGCCUAUGUUCGUUGGGUUGCUAUUUUGUCUGAAUUACUAGGUAUCUGCUGCAGCAGCGACACUAGUAACUACUAUUUCAGCAUAUAAUCUAUAGUCUCAAAAUCGCUAUAUGAGAUGAUGUUCUCGGGUUGUGUCU